GGCCGUGAUGUUCGCUUGGGAGUCUCUCCACAGUGUGACAGGGGUGUCUGCUACACCCACGUUCGUAGUCUACAUGUAACUGUGCUUCGGACAGUAAUAAGCUGAAUAGUUUAAAGGCUCUGAGUGUGUUAGAAUACUGUUUCCUUGUGAUGUUACUUAACUGAAUACUAAAAGGUUUUCAAGUGGUUACGAGAGUAGGAGUAUCGGACAGGAUGUGGAUUAACGUACUUCUGUGCCUCUCAGGAAGUUUUCCUCUUCUCUCCUGCUACAUGAUAUCAUCCUUGUAUCCGAACAUCACAUUGGAAGAAAAAGUUACGGUAUCGGACGCCGAAGCUGUCGCUGGCUACAGGGCUGGUGUCCCCUGCGAUCUCAGUCCACCCGUCGCUGAUGACAGCGCACUUCUCGUUAUAUGGUACAAAAAUGACAUGAAGAAACCUAUUUACAGCUACGACGUGAGAGAUACUGUAGCGGAAAAGGCACGUCACUGGUCCGAGGUGUCUGUUCUGAGCGGAAGAGCUGUCUUUAGACCUGACACAGACCCCGCCCAGCUCACACUCAACCCCGUCAAGGCGGCUGAUGUGGGCAUGUACCGCUGUCGUGUAGACUUCCGCAAGUCUCCGACAAGGAAUGCUAAAGUCAACCUCACAGUUAUAUUGCCACCGGAGAGGAUAACAAUAGUAAACGAUAAGGGAGAGCCAGUAGAAGACAGGUUUCUAGGUCCUUUCAACGAGGGUGCAUCGGUCAACAUAACGUGUGUAUCGACUGGAGGACGACCACUACCUCGGUUGACGUGGUGGAGGGCAGGAGAACUAGUCGAUGACAGCUAUGAGGUUUUGUCAGAGCGGAGAGUCCGCAACACUCUGCACCUAGAAGGGUUGGGGCGGCGAAGCCUCCACGAGACCUACACCUGCCAGGCGAGCAAUAACAACCAGGUGUACCCCUUGUCGUCCAAUCUCACCAUCAAGAUGAAUCUGAAACCCCUAUGGGUGAAGAUACUUGGAGAUAACCGCCCAUUCUCAGCGGAUCAGCGGUACGAAGUGUCCUGUGAGGCUGUGGGAGGAAGGCCUGCUCCCAGGAUAACUUGGUGGAAGGGUAGUAGCCAGCUAAAAACGUCCAGACAGUCGACGACCAAGGAUGAGAACAUCACUAUCAGUUCGCUCACGUUCGUGCCCAGCAUGGAAGACUCCGGCAAGUUCCUGACCUGCAGGGUGGGCAGUACUCCUCACAUUGUCGAGGACGGGUGGAAGCUUAAUAUCCAUCAUGUUCCAGUUGUAACGCUGGAACUAGGAAACAGCUUGAAUCUUAGCUCAAUAGUAGAAGGAAUGGACGUUAUCUUUGAAUGCAACAUAAAGUCUAAUCCUUGGGUAUACAAGGUGGCCUGGAGACAUAGGGGAGAAACUCUUCACAACAACGCAGGCUCAGGGAUGUUCCUGGUGAACAACCAGAGCUUGUUUCUACAGAGCGUGUCUAGGGAGCGGGCCGGUCUCUAUACCUGUGUGGCCAGCAACCCCGAGGGUGACGGCGAGAGUAACCCUAUCUUCCUGGAUGUCAAAUAUGCACCUGUGUGUCAAACUACUCACACGCAACCUCUAGGGGUGGCUCGAUAUGAAGUCGCGAGGGUGCAGUGUGAAGUAGAAGCCAACCCCAGUGAUGUCACUUUUACCUGGCGGCUCAACAGCUCAGCAGGUGGAGUAGAGCUCUCAGGUAGCCAAGUGACAUCUGACCGCACCCGGAGUGUUGCCACCUACACACCAAGAUCCCUCGAGGAGUAUGGGACUCUGCUGUGUCUUGGGAGUAACGAUGUGGGGGUAAUUCGUGCACCGUGCGCUUUCGUUAUCUUUCCUGCAGGUAAGCCGGAUGGACUUUCAAAUUGCUCGAUAGCAAACCAGACGUCGGACUCACUCCAAAUAGAGUGCGAGUCUGGAUUUGAUGGAGGAUUGCCGCAGGAGUUUUACAUCGAGGUGUUCACAGCCCAGCGAAAAGUCCUAGUAAGAAAUAUAACAUCGAAGGAGCCCUGGUUCCGUGUAGAGGGUCUUGAGGAAGGAAUAAGCUUUGACAUCAACAUGUAUGCUUUCAACAGCAAGGGACGCAGUGACGUCACCAUGCUGCAUGCAUAUGCUGUUAAGACUGCAGAGAGACACAUGAGUACGACAGUUUCUUCAGGAAUAACACCUGUGAUUGUAACGUUGACACCCCUGGUUGGCGCCAUCCUCGGGCUGGUAGCAACACUGUUGGCUGUCACAUUGGGAAUAUUGUUAGCAUUGAGACAGCGGCAGCGCAAACGUCAGCAAGCGAAGAAACACAGCAUUGAGUCCAGCAAGCAGAUAAGUGACAGUCAAGACAGCUUGGAGAAAAACCCUGACCUAAUCCCUCACAACACAGAUUACCAAUGUACUGAAAAAGCUGUGUUGGAGAAAAACUCGAGCCUUUUUACAGUGCCAUUAAAACCGCCUAUUACUAUUUCUACUGAGGAAUCUGACGCUACCGACGUGUCCUGUACCCACACAAAACUGUUGCCAGAGUUCACUUCCAUCAGUGACUGCACCAUGCUGCAAACUUCUCUAGAUACAACGUUUAGAGAUUUUAAAUCGUCACUGAUGCCCAUAACGUGUCCCAUGGUCCCACAGACACCUGUUACUAGUGAGAGAUCGACCAUAGUAACCACCGCCACACGCUUCUGACACCAGCCUGACCCUGAGUGGCAAGUCUCUGAAGUGCUUUAACCCUCACCAAUCUAGACUCUGGCCUUCACGUGCCUCAAACUUGUGAUAUUAAUGUGAGAUCGAGCCUUUUACUACAAAGAAAUUUUUGCUCAUCAUUCGUUUAGGGGAUAAUUAUUGAGUGGAAGCGAAACGAAACGCGAUGGGCAUUGUGUGUUGUAAAUAGUAGACUGUUUUAUAUAGUUGUCUUUUAGUUUUAAUUUUACGAUUUAUGUACAUACUUUAAUUUUGCAUACUGUUAUAUAGUUAUUGGAAGAUGACAUUGUAAAUUAAAAAGAAUUUGCUGCCAUAAUUUCACAUUACAGUUUAUUAAAUGCCUUAAAUAUACGGUUAAUUAUAUCAAUAUGCAAAUAACUGAUUAACAUUUACUGUAAUGUACUUGUGUUUAUAUUCCAAUAAGAGUAGAUCAUAAUUUUACAUUAUACAAACAACUUUUAUACUCUCUUAUUUCAUUACUUCAUGACAGUUAUUUGUACGAUGUUAACAAUUUCUUAAAAUUAAACAAGAAAAAAAAUCACUCCGUUUUCUUAUGAAAGGAAGCUAUUGGCGUGGUAAGAUUAGAAGAGAUAGCAGGUUUUUUAACAAAUGCCACAGAUUAUGUAGAAAAUUAGAACAUUGAGUUUAGAGGAUUAAAGUCUAUUCCCUUCUUCAGGUCAUUUCAAAGAAUAAAGUUAAUCAUACACAAACAUUAAGAACUUAUAAACAUAAUAUGGCCUCUACAACUCGGUCUGUUAUGAUUGUUACCUAUUGAAUCAAUCGUCAUGCAACAAUUCAUGUUAAGGGUUGUGUAUGAUUAACAUUACGCUAUAAUUGCAUUUGACCUAAACAAAGAAUUAAUUUUAAUCCUCAAAACUUAAUGUUCUCUUUUUGAAAAUUAGUAAUGAUAAUUGUACAAAAACCUAAUAUUUCUUCACACGGAGUCACAACUGACUUAUAUUAAAAUACUUUUUUACCGUAAUUAAAACUUUAUUUUUAUAUAUACAGAACACCUGCAAGUGCAUCAUUGAAUGUACGAACUCCCUAUGUUUAAAAGUAGUAAUUGUCAAUAUUGAAGAUCAAUAAUGUAAUAUAUGUUAUUUUAAACGUUUUGGACGAUUUACAACUAAAUUCACAUACAGAACCUGUUUACAAGUAUUUUGGAUAUAAGUAUAAUGCACACGUUUAAGCACUCUUGAUGGAGCUUGUAACAUACUUGUUAAAUGUUAUAAACUUUUUAAUGCUUUAUAAUUUCUGAAUUUCAGUCUUACAUAGUUUUACUAGUUCAUCCGGUAGUAUGUUUAAUUUUAACUAAACACCCAUUUACAAACUUUCAGCGUAUUCUAUACAUAAUCACGUUUAAACAUUCAACUCUCAUCAACGAAUAUAAUAUUCAAUGAGUAUUUUAUAAUGGGAAUAAUUAUUUAAGAUGAACUACCCUUUGCCUUAAACAAUGAUAUCGAUACACUGUUAUUCCAAUAUAAAACUAAGAAAUAUUUUAACUUAAAAUUGCAUGUACUUUUUAUAAUAUUGAGUUUUUUGCGGAAACAACGACUCUAUUAAGAAGAGUGGACUAUUAUAGUUAUUCCUAAAUAAUUCACCAGAAAAAUGUGAGCCAAAAUAAUUUAAUAAUAACAACCAUAUUAGAAAUAAUUGAAUAAUUUCCAGGAAUCAUACACGUAUUAACACGUGAAUGAUACUUUUACAAUAAACGGUUUUCAAUUGAUUUAUAUGUUUAGCCACUUGUAAUAGUCGAAGCAAUUAUUCAUUGUGUUACUACUAAAACAUUAGAAUUUUAAAUAUAAUUUUUAUUUAAUAUUUUAUACUUGUCAAGUAUUUUUUACCAACAUUUACUCUAAUUUGAAUUUUAUCAAAUCCAUUUCUUGUAUGUAUUGUACUCGUAUUUAAGAGUGUUGAUUGUUUCGUACCGAACCAUUGAUGUUUAUAAAAAUAAAAU